AUGGUACGUACGUCCCCUAACGACCACAUUGCCCAACUAAUCGUAUCUCAGUCACAAUCAUUGCGCCCAUACCUUCAGUGUGUGCGAUCCUCUCUCACAGCCGCCCUCGCAAUUUCCAACUUUGCUUCGCAGACGUCAGAACGGCAUAAUGUUCCAGAGGUGGAGGCGGCUACUUCCCCAGAAGUCCUACUAAACCCCCUUACAAUUGCGCGUAACGAAAACGAAAAAGUCCUUAUUGAACCAAGUGUCAACAGCAUCAGAGUCAGCAUUCGGAUUAAGCAGGCGGACGAGAUCGAGAAUAUUCUAGUGCACAAAUUCACCAGAUUUUUGACUCAAAGAGCAGAGGCGUUCUUCAUUCUGCGACGGAAACCUGUGAAGGGCUACGACAUAUCUUUUUUGAUAACCAAUUUCCAUACGGAGGCUAUGUUAAAGCAUAAGCUAGUUGACUUUAUCAUAGAGUUCAUGGAGGAGGUGGAUAAGGAAAUAUCGGAAAUGAAACUCUUUCUGAAUGCUAGGGCGAGAUUUGUGGCGGAAUCAUUUUUGACUCCUUUUGAUUAAUUAAUUACAUGCCUUGUACCUCCGUGGCAAUGGGUUUUAUGCGAUAUUUUUUCUCUUCCAGCAUUCUAGUUUAUAUCCUUUUUUUUCCCCCAGCUAUAAUUCGGAAUGUCAUGUCCGUUUUGAGCCUUU